AUGGUUUGUUUCAGACAGUCUCUUGCCCUGGCGGCCCUGUCAUUGACCCAUGCUGCUUUCGCCCUUCCCGCACUGACCGAUCUUUCCUCUCGGGCUCAAUCCUCAACUCAGCUUUGCGGGGACUAUGCUAACAUUAUUCUUUCAAAUACGCCAUGGAUUGUCUACAACAUGCUGUACAAUGCCGAUCAGAUCGACGGCACGCAAUGCACAAAUUAUGACGGGGUCACCGCAAGCGUCAAUGGCACCAAAGAAGUUCUUUGGAGCAGCGUGACCAAUAUCGACUAUGUCGAGAGCACAAACAACGUUCCCAAAGGGUACUCCUUUGUCGGUCUAACUCAGAACCUCGAGACCAAACUGUCCGCUAUCGAGUCCAUUCCUGCUGCCUACAGCUGGAUGCGUACCAAUACCACUGAUUUUAAGGGAAACAUCUGCUUCGACUUCAUGACCAAUGAUAUCAAAGGUGACUCGACGUCGUCCUCCUCGCAUGAACUCAUGCUAUGGCUGCAGUACGAGGGUGGCCAGCUCCCAAUCGGCUGGACCAACGGACCGGCUGCAACUGUUGAUAACCUCUUCGGGGCCUCGUGGACGCUGUACGAAGACGUCAACACUGACACCGGGAUAACAGUCAGCACCCUAAUGCCUACCAAACAGUUUGAGGGCUCUUUCUCUGGAGAUCUGAAGGAUUGGCUGCUCGCUAUGGCCAAUCUGGGCAGAUUUACGGAGUCCACAUAUGUCAAUGUCGGCAAUGCUGGCACCGAGUUCUUUUACGGAAAUGCCGUGAUGAACGCGACCCUCGGGUUGCAGAUUGACCUGGCGUGA